AUGUCGAUAGGUAGUGUUUAUGAAGCAGCUUAUAAAGGCGAUUUUAAUCAAGUUAAAGUAAGAGUAGAUGAAGAUAAAAGUAUAAUCGACACUGCUGACUCGAAUGGUCGUCUUCUUAUUCAUUGGGCUGCGUUAGGUGGUAAUGAGAGUUUAGUAGAGUUUUUAAUUGAAUCAGGUUCUCCGAUUAACCCCAUAGAUGAUACAAAUAGCAGCCCAAUUAUAUUAGCUGCUUCGGCAGGAAGGUAUAAUGUAGUAAAGUUACUUAUUGCUAAAGGUGCAAAUAUUAACCACAAAACAUCUCGUGGCCAAACACCUUUACACUAUGCUUCUUCUAAAGGACAUAGAGAGAUUGUGAAACUAUUAAUUGAUUCAGAAGCAAGAAUUAAUGAUGCUGAUGUAUUAGGAGCUACACCUCUCCAUAGAGCAGCUGCUCAAGGCAGAAGUAAUAUUGUAGAUUUGCUCCUAGGAAGUUCAGCAAUUAAAGUGGAUGCCAGUGAUUCUUUAGGAUGUACUGCAUUACAUCUAGCCUGUGAAGAAGAUAGGGAAGCUGUAGCCUGUAUGUUAGUUAAGGCUGGUGCAAGCAUUGACAUAAAAAAUAAAGAAGAAAAGACACCACUUGACUUAUGUUUCCCAAAGUUGAAAAAAAUGUUAUGUGAUAUACUUCAUUAA